AUGUAUAGGAAAAACUUCUGUAGGAAAUGUGAUAUUGAUCAAAAGCAGCUGAAAACAUUCCCAACAAAUUUCCUUUAUCAUAAUAGAAAUGUGGAUAAUCCAUCACGAAGUAUACCUGAUUUGGGUACUGUACGGCGUGAAAUUAAUGAAGCAAUUAAUAUAUGGGAAAGUGUGCUACCAAUAAAAUUUCAUGAAGUACGAUCAGAAGCAGAAGCAGACGUAAAAAUUAAAUUUGCAAUUGGUGAUCAUGGUGAUCCAUAUCCUUUUGAUGGAAGUGGUAGGAUUCUAGCACAUGCAUUUCCACCUGGCAGUGGCAUCGGUGGAGAUAUCCAUUUAGAUGAUGAUGAACGUUGGACUGUAUCACUUACGGGUGACCCAUACCACUACCAAGUGAGUCUUCGUUCAAUAGUAACACAUGAAUUUGGCCAUAGCAUGGGCUUAUCACAUUCUCAUGAUGAAGACAGUGUUAUGUAUGCUUUUUAUCAGUACGAUUUAGUGCCAAAGCUUUCCUACGAUGAUUUACUAGCUGUUCAUACUCUCUAUGGUGUGACCAUUGAUCAUCAGCGUACAUCGACAACCACAGAGAUGCCGCCAAUUCUACCAGAAGUACCAGAUAAAGAAUCUUCAGAUAGAUAUGAUACAACUGUUCACCCUGAUACCAAUCCUUGGCAACCUUUUCUUAAACCAGACCCUUGCAAUUCUGAAUAUGAUGCAGUCGCUUCAAUACGACACGAGAUUUUUGUUUUUAAAAAUGAGUGGUUUUGGCGUGUACACCAGGAUGGCACUCUCAGUCAAAGUCCACAUUUAAUAACUUCUCUGUGGAAAGAAGCUAAAUGGCCUGUUGAUGCUGCAGUAGAAAGCAACCAUCAGAUAUUUCUGUUCGCUGGUAAAGAUAUUUACAUAUUCAAUGGUCGUAAACUUGUAUCCAAGAAAAAACUCACCGACUUGGGUUUACCUGCAUCAAUUCAGCGUAUCCGCUUGGUUUACACGUGGAAUUAUUGGUCAGAACGACCAAUGUACAUAUGGACCAAAGACGAAUUUUGGAGGGUUGAUAAAAAAUCAGGAAAAGUCGAAAUAGGCUAUCCACGAAAAAUUGCCACAACCUGGCAUGGUAUACCUGACCAGGCCAGCGCUGCUGUUACCUACAAUGAUGAUUUGUACUUUUUUGGCGAGAAUAAUGUCUACAAAUUUCACACCAUUAAUAUGACAUCAGCCCCACCAAUCAGUAUAUCAGAGUUAUGGCGCUUUUGUCCCCUCGCUAUGCAAAUUUCAUCCGGUGUGAAUGUUAACACUUCAUUUGACCCACAAUUUACGCUAUUCUCCUUACUACUUUUUAUAUUUAUCAUUCUCGAUUAA